GUGCUUUGUUUCGUUUGGUGAUAUUAUCACGAUAUCAAAAUAAGCCGUCAACGAUCAAUACUGCGAGAUGUUAUCUGUAGAGAUUCUUGGAUCGGUCAAUGCCCUCGUAUGUACAUUGGUUUGGAUGCUUUGGCUCAGGAGAGAGAUAUCACGGUAGUUUUAGUUAACCUGUGAUGGAUCAAUCACCAGAGAAAAAGUUGCGCGCGAUGUGUGAAAAUUAUCUUGCUCCGAGAGGUCUGGACGAGUGUUCAGAACGACAGAGUGAGUAUAUAAAGAUGGUGAAUUCUCUCGACAACCACAUCAAUCUUCAUCGAUCCAGCUCAUUCUUUCUCCUUUCUCUACUUCAUCAUAAUACAUUCAACCAAUCCAACUCUCGUUCAAAGACAUUCGUUACAUUUUUAUCAAAAACUCCAAUUCGUUCUUAUUUUCAAUCCAUUCAUUGAUCACCUAGUAUCAUCCACCCUUCCAACAUUCAAAAUGAGAACCUCAUUCAUCUCCCUCCUCGCCAUCACUGGUCUUUUCGGAACUUCACUCGCUGCCCCAGUAAUCGUUGGAGUCGAGACUCGUGCCCCUGCAAGCGCAACAGAUAUCAUGAACAACUUCUACUCCCAAGUCCAAACCCACACCGGAACCAUUAACUCAACCCUCAACGACAUCAACUCCGGUUCCACUUCCGCCCAAAACAGCACCGCCCAAGCCGCCAUCUCCAAAGCAGUAACAAACAUCAUCAGCGCAGCCACCAGCGCCAACAGCGCUCUCAAGACCAGCAAGCGCGAUCUCGAAACUCGCACCUACUCGGCUCUAGACCAACAAAUUAUCAGCGGUACUUCCGCCAACGCCAUCACUUCGAUUGCCGGGACCAUGGGUCUCGUGCAAGGCAAAUUCGGAGCAGGAUAUACCGGUGGACUUAUCGGUGGGUUGAUUGGUGCGCUUGGCUUGGUGCUGGGUACGCUGGAUGCGAUUGUGGGGGAUGUACUUAUGCUUGCCGGGGCUUUGGUUGGGGGUGUUUUGGAGGGUGUGGGUGGUUUGCUUGUAGGCAUCUUGUUCGGAAAGUGGUAGAUGGGUGGGCUUGUUUGUGGGUGACGCAUUCAUUUACUUUCUUACUUACUUGGGAUUUCAAGCUUGCGGACGCGUAAACUUGAUGGAAAGUUUGGUUGAAGUGCUGCCAUUCACAUCUAAUAUGCGAAAAUUGAGAGUCUGCUCAGAUUCGUGGUUUCUACGGGAGGAGGUGUCGGUGGGGGUGUAAUCGAAAUUUGGAGGGUGUGUGCUGGAUAUGUAGAUCGGAAUAGUUUUCUGGAAGUUGCUUUUGGUUCCGUUGAAUAAUACUUAUUGUUUAAAUAUUUCAUAGAAAAUUCAAAUGUUUUUAAGAUCUUAAGAACUAGUAUCUCACAAUUCCAACACA